UUAACGGAGGCUGGACAUCGUGGGCAGACUGGUCCUCCUGUUCGCCGGACUGCCGGCAGCACAGGCAGCGUAAAUGCACCAACCCUUCUCCGGCCAACGGAGGCAAGUUCUGUCGGGGCGAGGACUUCAGCACUCAGAACUGCACCGGCUCCAUGUGCAGAGAUGUUGCGUACUGGCCGCCGGGCAAGGAGUUACUUCUAUACAUCGGUCUCGGUGCGUCUGCUCUUGUGUUUAUCGUCGUCGUCAUCCUGAUCGUCUGCUGCCUGCGACGCAAGGCGCGCGGCGACAUGGAUGAGGAACAUUACACGAACGGCGUGAAGGUUCCGAAGACGAACGGCUACACUCCGGCAUGUUCCGCCGUUCUCUCCUACGAGCCGGACCUCACGAAGAACACGCUGGGUGUUGUUCCUCCGCGUAAGAACAACGCCGGCAGCGACUACAACUACAACGAGAAACCCAAGGAACCGCCGCUCAACGGAAUCCUCAAGAACAGGGAUGCGGAGAGGUGA